CGCCGCCCAACCCUCUCAAAACCUGUACUCUCCCACCCAAAAACUUGCGCUCCUCCAACGCGCACAGUUUCCUUCUCUUUUUUCUUUCUUUAUCGUUUUUACCCAACGGGACUCUCCACUCAAUCAUACUUGUGUCUUUUCGCACAUUUGAUACCCACCAUAGAGUUCCUUGUUUUUUUUUGUUCCUCACGAAAACUACACCCCGCGCCAGAGCCUCAAAAAACGAGACCGUAUCGAUAAGGGCCACCUUUCAACGAAAUCUUACACAACCCUUCCGCCGCCUUUCAGACCGAGACCGGCAGAGCGUGUAGUGUGAAUCACUGCUCGUUAUAACCCGUUAAUUCACAGUUCCCGGCCUUUGAAAAACCUACUGGGAAUGCCCCAUCAAGAAUCGCCUCCAAUGGCCCCCGCGAUCAUUGUCGAUAAGGCCGGCUCCGCCCCUCCUCCCUCCCACGAAGAUGUCGCCGCUCUCCUCAACAGCAUUUUCACGGCCAAGACCUCAAAGUCCUCCGUCGAUGCCGCCUAUGGACUCAGCGAGGUUCUCCAGAACUCUGUCGGCUUCCGUGGCCUCAAGGGCUACGGUAUCCUCGAAGAGAUCACAAAGGCAGCAACAAACAAGAAGGAUGCCGUGCGGAGAGAGGGCGCCAUGAACGCCCUCGGCGCACUUUUCGAGAGGUUCCCUCGUGCACAGAGAGUCGCGGAGGUCGUGUUCGUGGUACAGGACCACGGACUCGUCGUCGCUGCUCUCGACGGGCUCGCCGAUAAGGCCGCACCGGUGCGCGAGUCCGCACAGUAUGCGCUCGAUGCGCUGUUUGACAACUUGAGUGCCGAGGCCAAGGUUUUCGGACUCUUGCCCGUGAUUGUCAAGUAUCUGGGAAAGAAGUCUGGCAAGUGGCAGGGUGCCGUUGGUGCUUUCGAGCUCAUUGGACGCAUGGCAGAUAAGGCUAAGAUGGGUAUGGAGAGCUUGGAGGUCGAGAAAGAGAAGGACGUUCUCCGAGAUGCCAUGGGCAAGAGGCUCGAGGGUCUCAUUCCCGUUGUCGAGGGAGGCAUGCAUGAUCUCAAGAGCGAGGUUGCAAAGCAGGCCAUCAAGACUAUGAACAGUCUCACCACCUUGCUCCAGAACGACGAUAUCGCACCCCGGAUACCCUUGCUCGUCAAGGCCAUCGAGGAUCCCUCCACACAGAGUCAACAGAAGGCUAUCCAUGCCCUGUCUCAGACCACUUUCGUCGCCAUUGUCACCUCUCCCGUUCUCGCUAUGGUCACCCCUCUUCUUGAGCGUUCUUUGAACACUCCCACAACUUCGCAGGAGGUUCUCCGCCAGACCGUUGUCGUAGUAGAGAACUUGACAAAACUCGUUCACGAUCCUAUCGAGGCUCGUGCUUUCUUGCCAAAGUUGCAGCCCGGUGUCAAGGCCGUUCAAGAUCGUGCUUCGCUCCCAGAAGUCCGUGAGAUCGGUGCUCGCGCGUUGGCCGUCAUGGACAAGGCCAUGGCCGACAAAGACGGCGGUGUCGGUGCCGUUGAACGUACCCAUGGACCCGAUGUGCUCCAGGUGUUGGAGAAGCAGAUCGCCGCUGCUGGUAGCUUGCAGUUCUUCCCCGGAGAUGACAUUGCGACAGUCACGAAGACGUACAUUUCUGAGAUGAUCGCUGAAGUUGUAAACCAGCGCCAAUUGGAGCGCAUCCCUAACUUGGUUGGGCCGUAUCUGGCUCCUUUGAUGACUGCUUCAGAAGGUGCCCAGGCAGUCACCGAAGGUGUACACAACUUCUAUGUCGAGGAGGAUCACCGCAAGUUUGGACAGCCAGUCAAGGAGGACGAUGGUGAGGUCGAGAUCGUCAAUGCCACCUUUUCUUUGGGUUACGGUGGCAUGUUGCUCCUUUCCCAUACCAACCUCCGUUUGUUGAAGGGACAUCGUUACGGACUUUGCGGUCGUAACGGUGCCGGCAAAUCCACCCUUAUGAGGAGUAUUGCCGAUGGAAAGCUCGAGGGAUUCCCUCCCCAAGAUGAAGUCAAGACCUGCUUUGUCGAGCACAACCAGGGUGAGGAUGCCGAUCUGACGAUUCUCGAAUUCAUCUCUCGCGACCCGCGAUUCAAGGACGAGAGCCAAGAUCGUAUUUCAUCCGUCUUGGAAGAAGUUGGUUUCACUGCAGGUCCCGAGGGCCGCCAAUCCCACAAAGUCGGUUCUCUUUCGGGAGGAUGGAAGAUGAAGCUUGCUCUUGCCCGAGCUAUGCUUAUGCGCGCAGACGUCUUGCUCUUGGACGAACCUACCAAUCACUUGGAUGUUGCCAACGUCAAGUGGCUUCAAGAGUAUCUCAAGAACCACACCGAGAUCACCAGUUUGAUCGUGUCCCACGACUCCGGUUUCCUCGACGAGGUCUGCACCGACAUCUACCAUUACGAACAAAAGAAGCUCGUUUGCUACAAGGGUAACCUCGCGGCAUUCGUCAAGGUUAAGCCAGAGGCUUCAAGCUACUACACCCUGUCAGCUUCCCAAGUGUCGUUCAAAUUCCCUCCCCCAGGUAUCCUCACUGGUGUCAAGUCCAACACCCGUUCCAUCCUUCGUAUGACGAACUGCACGUAUACAUACCCAGGAUCGUCGAAGCCAUCCCUAUCUGAUGCUUCUUGCAACUUGUCACUCUCCUCCCGUGUCGCCAUCAUUGGCGCAAACGGUGCCGGCAAAUCCACUCUCAUCAAAAUUCUCACUGGUGAAUCGAUCCCCCAGGAGGGCAAGGUCGAGAAGCACCCCAACUUGCGUAUCGGAUACAUCAAGCAGCACGCGUUGGAGCACGUUGAGAUGCAUUUGGAGAAGACGCCAAAUCAGUACCUCCAAUGGCGAUACGCAAACGGUGAUGAUCGCGAGGUAUUGAUGAAGCAGACGCGUGUCUUGACUGCAGAGGACAAGGCUCAACUCGAAACUCCCAUUGACCUUGGAGACGGCAAAGGUCCCCGUAAGAUCGAGGCGCUCAUUGGUCGUCAAAAGUACAAGAAGAGUUUCCAGUAUGAAGUCAAAUGGCUACACAUGCUGCCGAAGUUCAACACUAUGAUCUCUCGUGAGACCCUUCUCGAGAAGGGCUUCCAGAAGAUGAUCCAGGAGUUCGAUGAUCACGAGUCUUCGCGUGAAGGUUUGGGUUACCGUGUCCUGGAGCCCAAGGUCAUCUCCAAGCAUUUCGAGGAUUUGGGCUUGGAUCCUGAGAUUGCCAACCAUAACGAGAUCUCCGGUCUCUCCGGUGGCCAAAAGGUCAAGGUCGUGCUUGCUGGUGCCAUGUGGAACAAUCCCCAUUUGCUUGUGCUUGACGAGCCUACCAAUUUCUUGGACCGUGAUUCUCUUGGUGGUCUUGCCGUGGCUAUUCGCGACUACAAGGGCGGUGUUAUCAUGAUUUCCCAUAACGAAGAGUUCGUGGGUGCGUUGUGCCCUGAGCAGUGGCACGUCGCCGAUGGCCGCGUCACACACAAGGGCCAUCUCGCCGUCUCCAUGGACCGCUUCGAGGACUCCCGUCCCGGCUCCAGUGUUGCCUCAUCCGUUGUGUCUUCGGCCGCGCCUAGCACGAAUGGCACUCCCGUCAUGUCUGACGCCGAAGGCAACAAGGACGACAUGAAGUUCAAGGCCAAGAAGAAGAAGAAGAUGACCCGAGCCCAGCAGAAGGAGCGCGAGGUCAGGCGUAGGCUGCGACACAUCGAAUGGCUCAACAGCCCCAAGGGAACCCCGCAUCCCGUCGACACCGACGACGAGGCAUAAUCGCAAAAUUACGAGAGAAGUAAUUACUGUGUGUUUGUUACGACUGGCAUACUGCGCAGGAUACUUUGCAGAUGGAUCUAUUAGCAUUGAUGGCGUUCACACAUUAUAGAGGGUGCCUUUUCUUUAAAAUAAAGUCGCGCUGCUGGCUGCUUGCGUUCGUUGAGCAUGACAAGGUUUGGAUAACCAUGAAUAAAUAGACGCGUGUAGGUGCCGUUCAGGGGCACGUUGCAAAAAGUUAUUGUUACCUAUUUCCUGUUUAUAGACGAGAAUCAAUAUAUGUCAU